AUGACAAAAGAUAAUAAUUUAUUAGGCAAGUUUCAUCUUGAUGGUAUUCCUCCUGCACCAAGAGGAGUACCCCAAAUAGAAGUUACUUUCGAUAUAGAUGCAAAUGGCAUUAUGAAUGUUACAGCAACAGAAAAAAAUACAGGAAAGUCAAACCAGAUCACCAUCACCAAUGAUAAGGGUAGACUAAGUCAGGGUGAGAUAGAUAGAAUGGUUGCUGAGGCGGAGAAAUAUAAAGCCGAAGAUGAAGCAAAUAAACAACGUGUAGAAGCUAAGAAUGCACUUGAAAAUUAUUGUUAUUCCAUGAGAGGAACCAUGGAAGAUGAAAAAAUAAAAGAUAAAAUAUCCGCAGAAGAUAGAGAAGCUGCAACAUCUGCAAUACAGAAAGCUCUUGAUUGGCUCGAUAAAAAUCAACUGGCAGAAAAAGAAGAAUUCGAAGCAAAACAAAAAGAAGUUGAAGCUGUAUGUACACCUAUUGUUACAAAAAUGUAUCAGUCUGCAGCAGGAGCAGGGGGAGGGAUGCCGGGGGGAAUGCCUGGGGGGAUGCCUGAUAUGUCGGGUGCACUUGAUUGGCUCGAUAAAAACCAGCUAGCAGAAAAAGAAGAAUUCGAAGCUAAACAAAAAGAAGUUGAAGCUGUAUGUACACCUAUUGUUACAAAAAUGUAUCAAUCUGCAGCAGGAGCAGGGGGAGGGAUGCCGGGGGGAAUGCCUGGGGGGAUGCCUGAUAUGUCGGGUGCAGGGGGAGCUGGUGGUCCCACAGUAGAAGAAGUUGAUUAA